AUGGCGAAGGACGCUUCACCUCCGGCGCGCAAAGCCAACAGGACCGGAAAGUUCGAGCUCGUGAGUUCUCAUCUCAAUCCAGAUCAAGUGGUCCCUAACAUCUUCUCACAGUCCUCCGCACAGUUCAUAGCCCUCUCCACCAUUCUUCUCACAGCUCCUCUCCUCCUUCAAGUGGUCUAUUCCACCUACUUUGUCCGAUAUCUUCCAACCUUUCCAGCCCUUUUACACACCACCCCUCCAUUUCCACACAGCCAGGAUGUUCCCAUCGACCCGUCUUCGCCCUUGCUACUCGAUGCAUGUCGAACACAUAGCUAUACAACGCAGAUCGUCUCGCUGGACCCGCUGAUGUUGUACAUCAAUAACUUCACCUCCGCCGCUGAGGCCGAAGCCUUGAUCAAAUUGGGAUCCGAAGACUUCGAGGAUUCCUUCAUUUCGAGAACCGGAGGCGGAACGCAGAAGGUCAGCGGGCGGACGAGUCAGAGCGCCCCGCUCGACCUCGACCACCCCUUGGUAUCAUGCAGUACUUCUCCUCUCCCUUCCCCUCUCACGCACUCGUCCUGA